ACAAAGCGAUAGAUAAAUAGAGGAAAAGAGAUUAGGUGGUGAGUCAGCCAUGUACUGAGAAAACGCUCUGACUGAGUCUCAUGUGAGUCUGCAGCCGUGACGCCAAAGCGAGGCUCUAUUUUGAGGGGAGGAAUGUACACAGAGGCCUCGUGGAAAAGGACCAUAACAAACAAACCGUGCGCAGCGCGCCCCUACAAAGAGACGGCCCGCUCUGGAUCGCACAGUCACACAGCACCGACACAGGAGCCAAGAGGGAGAAAGUACAGCAAAAUGUCAACAACGCAUCAGAUUGUCUAGUGAGAUCUUCCUUAUACAACAGAGUGGGACUGCCACACAACAUAAGAGGAGAAACAGGCACAGCAUGGAGCGACCAGGGGUCCAGAUCUUCCUCUACCAAGACAAGGAGCAGUCCUCCAGCGUGCUCCUGCAGCUCAACAGACUGAGACAGGAGAACAUCCUGACCGAUGUGUCCCUUUGUUCAGAUAAAACAGAGAUCCAAUGCCAUCGCAACGUCCUGGUCUCCAGCAGCCCCUACUUCAGAGCCAUGUUCUGCAACAACUUCAUAGAGACACAGCAGACAAAGAUUGACUUAAAAGACAUCACGUCAGCCAUUCUGAGCACUGUCAUCGACUAUGUUUACACAGGACUCGCCAGCAUCAGCGUGGAUGUCGUGCUGCCUCUGAUGCAGGCGGCGUCCAUGUUGCAAUACGGCCGCCUUUUUGAGGCCUGCUCGAGCUUCCUUCAGGAGCAACUGAGCCCAGACAACUGUUUGAGCAUGAUACGGCUCUCUGAGAUCCUGCAUUGUGACAGUUUAAAGGACAAAGCAAAGGAGAUGGCCAUGAAGAGCUUCUCCGACGUGUCAGCGUCUGAGGAUCUGUGUGAGCUCUCCUUACCAGAGCUCAUGGGAUACCUGGAGGACGACGGCCUCUACGCGGAGGAGGAGCAGGUCUUUGAGACUCUAGUAGCUUGGAUCCACCAUGAUCCUUUAUCCAGGCGGGGUGCAAUCAGCGACCUUUUCAAGAAAGUCCGCCUCCGCCACAUCCAUCCCACGUACCUCUUUCAAUUCAUAGCCAACGACCCUCUGAUCCAGUCGUCCACCCUCUGUGCCGAGCUCAUAGAAUCUGUCAGGCGCCUCAUGUUUUCCGUCAGCACAAAAUGCCUCGGUGACUCCGCAGUGGACUUCAAGCCCCUCUGGGUCGCGCCGAGGCGCUCCUCCUGCCACGACAUGUUGGUGGUGGUGGGAGGGAGGAAGAACAACGAGCAGACCUCGAGGGAGGCCCUCGUCUUCGACGAGAGGAGCGAGACGUGGCAGCAGCUCGCCAAGCUGCCCAUUCGCCUGUACAAAGCCUCCUACGUCGCCCUCCACAGCGUCUUGUAUGUGAUCGGGGGCAUGUCCACCAACACGAAAGACGGGCAGGUCAGUAUGACCGUCUACACCCUGUCCCUCAAGACCAACCAGUGGCGGACGGCAGAACCCAUGCUGACGCCGCGCUUUGCCCACCAAAGCGUCUCCUACCUCCACUUCAUCUUUGUCCUGGGCGGCCUCGGGCCCGACAGGCGACUGACCAACAGCGCGGAGAGGUACAACAGUAUGUUCAACCAGUGGGAGGCUAUGGCGCCCAUGCCGGAGGCUGUGCUGCACCCUGCGGUGGCUGUGGCUAACCAGAGGAUCUAUGUGUUCGGAGGAGAGGAUGCCAUGCAGAACCCAGUCAGAAUAAUACAGGUUUAUCACAUUGCCAGAGACAUGUGGUCUAGGUUGGAGAACAGAACGGUGAAGAAUGUCUCUGCUCCUGCUGCCACUGUGGACGACAAAAUUUACAUCAUUGGAGGGUACACCCGCAGGAUGAUCGCAUACGACACAAAGGCCAACCGGUUCAUUAAGUGUGCCAACCUGAAGGAGCGGAGGAUGCACCACUCUGCCACCGUCCUCAACAACAAAGUCUACGUCACAGGCGGACGUCACAUCAACGGCCACAACGUCAUCGAGGACUCUGACAAGUUUGAGUGCUACGACACAAAGACGGACACCUGGACAUCUAAGGGGACUCUGCCGUAUAAACUGUUUGACCACGGCUCGCUGACUCUGACGUACAUCUCAAAUCACGGGCAAAAUCAUGGCUGAGCUCUGAUACACCUUUAUGUACCUAUACCUAUAGUCUAUACCUUCAUCUCUGAGUGCCAAUCAAGCUGUAGAAAAAUGAUUAUUCCAAUCGUGAUGGAGUCAUUUCAAUACCUGUAAAUGUUCCAUAUUUUCUCUAUUUUUCUUUCUUAACAUCCAAACCUAUGGAUGUACAGGCUAUUGUGCUCCAUAUGCCAUCCUCAACCUGUCUUGACCUCCCAGGGGGCUGCAGUGCUAUUCUCAGCAUGCUCUGAAUCACAAGAUCUCACUUGUCACGAUUGAAUCCCGGGGG